CGCGAGCGAGAGCGCGUGGGAGCGCGGAGGCCCGAGCCGGGAAGGGGGAGCGAGCCGAGAGAGACGCCAGGGAGGCGCGCGGGAGCGAACGCCCGCUCGGGAGCCGGAGCCCCGCGGCAUUGCGGCCGCGCCCUAGCCGGAGCCCGUGCGGCAGCCCAGUCCCGCUCCGCCCGCCGCAGCCACGGCUCCGGAGGAUGGAGGACUCCCGGGAGACGUCACCCUCCUCCAACAACUCCUCCGAAGAGCUCAGCUCUGCCCUGAAGCUGUCCAAGGGCAUGUCGAUCUUCCUCGACAUACUGAGGAGAGCAGAUAAAAAUGAUGAUGGAAAAUUGUCCUUUGAAGAAUUCAAAGCAUAUUUUGCAGAUGGUGUUCUGAGUGGAGAAGAAUUACAUGAGCUCUUCCAUACCAUUGAUACACAUAAUACCAACAAUCUUGACACAGAAGAACUCUGUGAAUAUUUUUCCCAGCACUUGGGCGAAUAUGAGAAUGUGCUAGCAGCACUUGAAGACCUAAAUCUUUCCAUCCUGAAGGCAAUGGGCAAAACAAAAAAA